UUCGGGGUGUUUUUAAUGUGUUUUUCUUCAUUUAUGCGUUUUUAGCUAUGUAUGUGCCAUUUGUUUUUCUGUCUUUAGUGUUUCAGUGGCUUCAAAUAAAGCUUUUCCUUGCCUUUUCUCAUCGCUUAUGAAAAUUAAUCAUUGUUUUACUACAGUAACCAUAAUUCAUUAUUUAAAGAAUGUUUAGAAACGGGUAGAAAAUAUCAUGCUUAAUUUACAACUUUGAUUUGGGGUUUGGUCAGACCAUCAUUAUCAUGAUGUGUUUGUGUUCAGAUGUUGAGCAUGAAAGCGCAGGUGGAUGUGAUCUGCUGUAAGUCAGUAGGAACUGAUCUGUCCAUGCUGGAUAUUGAGGAUUUCAUCACAGAAAUCUGUCAGCUGAAGAAAGAGGUGGCGUCACUGGAGGCAAAGCUGAGAGAAAGAGGAGACAAACUGAACAGAGAGGUUUCAGCGCGUGUGACUGAUGGGACAGAAGCUCAGGAUUCAGUCUGGAGCGUCAGAGAUCAGAGAUCCAGAGACACACAGGACUCAGAGCUCAGCCUCACUUUACUCUGUUUUACUGACGCUCAGGAUCAUGAAUCCACUGAUCAAACCUCUGACUGUAACGCUGGAGAACAGCAGAUGCUGCAGACGCCGCUGAAGAUGUGCUCCGUCAAACUGGUGGACUGCAGGAACCUGAUAGAAGAAACCACUGCAGAGGAGCAACAACAGACUGAUGAGGAAGAGCAGGAUGAUGAUGAAGAUUUAAUUUCUCCAGAUGUCAGUGGUGGCUUAUCUUCUGAUGGAGAUGAAGAAACAGCCUCAACCUCAAAAGAGCAGCUGAAGAGUUUUUCCUGCUCCACCUGUGGAAAAACAUUCAGCAAUAAGGGUCAUUUAGCGAGACACGAGAGAAACCACAAAGAACAGAAAGACUACAGAUGUAAGAGAUGCGACAUCAUCUUUCCUACCGCGGAAAAGAGGAGACUUCAUUCAAAAGGGCACCGAGUGAAAAAGGAGUUUCACUGCGAACAGUGCGGGAAGGUUUUUUUCACCACUGCUCCGAAUAUGAAAGCUCACAUAAAGACACACGACGAAAAGUCUUUCCACUGCAACGAAUGCGACAAGUAUUUCAGCACCAAAGGAAAUCUCGAUGCUCAUAAGCGAAUUCACACGGGGGAAAAGCCGUACAAGUGUCCUCAUUGUGAGAAGAGCUUCAGUCAUGGAUCGGGUUUAAAGAAACAUGUGCGUGUUCACACCAAUGAGAGGCCGUACCAGUGCAGUGAAUGUGGAAAAGGCUUUAGGCAGUUAUUUAGUCUAACAUCACACCAAAAAAUCCACUCUAAUGAGAAACCGUAUCAGUGCAAAUACUGCGAGAAACGAUUCCGCCGGAUUUCUCAUCUGAAUCGUCACGAGAGGAUUCACACCGGAGAGAAACCGUAUCUGUGCUCCUACUGCGGGAAGAGCUUUUCUGAUUCAACUCAAUUCAGAGAGCAUCAGAGAAUUCACACUGGAGAAAAACCGUAUCCCUGCAGCGUCUGUGGGAAGAGUUUCAGGAAGAUGUUGAGCAUGGAAGCGCAGGUGGAUGUGAUCUGCUGUAAAUCAGUAGGAACUGAUCUGUCCAUGCUGGAUAUUGAGGAUUUCAUCACAGAAAUCUGUCAGCUGAAGAAAGAGGUGGCGUCACUGGAGGCAAAGCUGAGAGAAAGAGGAGACAAACUGAACAGAGAGGUUUCAGCGUGUGUGACUGAUGGGACAGAAGCUCAGGAUUCAGUCUGGAGCGUCAGAGAUCAGAGAUCCAGAGACACACAGGACUCAGAGCUCAGCCUCACUUUACUCUGUUUUACUGACGCUCAGGAUCAUGAAUCCACUGAGCAAACCUCUGACUGUAACGCUGGAGAACAGCAGAUGCUGCAGACGCCGCUGAAGAUGUGCUCCGUCAAACUGGUGGACUGCAGGAACCUGAUAGAGAGCAGAGCAGAACAAACCACUGCAGAGGAACAACAACAGACUGAUGAGGAAGAUGAUUAUAAUAAUGGGAAUUAUGAUGAUGAUGAUGAAGAUUUCAUUCCUCAAGAUGACAGAGGUGGUUCAUCUUCUGAUGGAGAAACAGCCUUAACCUCAAAAGAGAGGCUGACAGUGAGAAGGUUUUCUUGUGCCACCUGUGGAAAAACACUGAGCUCAAAGAGAAACUUAAUGUCACAUGAGCGAAAACACACAGAACACGAUGACUUAACCUGCAAGAUAUGCGACAUCAGCUUUCCUACCGUGGAAGAGAGGAAACUCCAUUCAAAAGAGCACAGCAUAAAGAAGGAGUUUCGCUGCGAACAGUGCGGGAAGGUUUUUUUCACCACUGCUUCGAAUAUGAAAGCUCACAUAAAGAGACACGACGAAAAGUCUUUCCACUGCAGCGAAUGUGACAAGUAUUUCAGCACCAAAGGAAAUCUCGUUGCUCAUAAGCGAAUCCACACGGGCGAAAGACCAUACAAGUGCCCUCACUGCGAGAAGACCUACAACCACGGAUCCCAUCUGAAGAAACAUGUGCGUGUUCACACCAAUGAGAGGCCGUACCAGUGCAGUGAAUGUGGGAAAACCUUCACAGAGUCAGGCUGUCUAAGGUCACACCAGAAAAUGCACUCAGGUGAGAAACCGUAUCAGUGCAAAUACUGCGACAGACGAUUUGCUCACAAAUCCUAUCUGAACUGUCACGAGAGGACUCACACCGGAGAGAAACCGUAUCUGUGCUCCUACUGCGGGAAGAGCUUUUCCAGUCCAGCUCAUUUCAUAUUGCAUAAGCGAAUUCACACUGGAGAAAAACCGUAUCACUGCAGCGUCUGUGGGAAGAGUUUCAGGAAGUUUGAUACUUUUCAAAAGCACAAGCGGAUUCAUACUGGAGAAAGGCCGUUCAAAUGCUCACAGUGCGACAAGACGUUUGCUCGAUCAGACGUCCUGAAGGUCCAUCAGCGAGUUCACACGGGAGAGAAACCUUACUCCUGCUCCAUCUGCGGCGAGAGAUUCGCUUAUUUAGGAAGUUUUCAGACCCACCAGAACAAACACACUAAAGAACAAACUGAUCCAGGAUCAUCAGAGUGACUUUCAUCAGUCAUUCAGAUUAUCCUGAAACUGUACAUUGAGCUCUUACUGCCAGAAGGGGACAGCAAACUUUCAUGUGGUGGAUUGAACACUGUUUACAGAGUCAUGUUUAAUAGACUAGAGCAGGGGUGGCGAACUCCGGUCCUGGAGAGCCGCGGCCCUGCAGAGUUCAGCUCCAACCCAAAUAAAAACUCACCUGCUUGUAGCUACCUAGUAACCCUUCAGAUUGUAAUUAGCUUGUUCAGUUGUGUUUAAUUAGGGUUAAAGCAAAACUCUGGAGGGCUGCGGCUCUCCAGGACAGACGUUCGCCACCCCUGGACUAGAGCAAAGAUCUUAUGUUAAACCAGACAGAACUAUUAAAAACCCUCAAAAUGCAAUUCUGUGUCAAAUCAACCAAAUGCUAAAAACUUCCCCGGCUCAAAUUUUUGAUUUUGCUAAUAUUUUUUCUGAAGAAAGAUAUACAUGUAUAGUGAUAAAAGUCAAAAUAUUAAAUGAUUCAGUGGCAAAUUACAGUAGGAUAAAAUGACUUCUGAAAGAUGGACUUAAAAAUGAAGAUUUGAGAACAAAAGUUUCUUAAGAAGCAGAAUCUAAAAUUAUAUUAAGAUAACUUUGAUACUACUUGAGUCACAUGCACACAAAUUCCAGAAAAAUAAUAUUUAUGAGACUCAAACAGGUAUGUUCUAUGCAAAUGUUUUAAUAGAAGAAAACAAGAUGCAGUUCUAAUUUCAACAGUAUUUCUUCUUCAGGCUGUUCUUUAAAUAAAAAAGCAUGGGCUGCAUACAAAAUGACCAACAUUUGGUUUUCGACCACUGAAAAUGGGUAAUAUUCAAUAAUGUGGACAUGGAGGCUCAUUGAGAUUCCCGUAUCUCUGGGCAACAAAACUUGGAAGAACAUUUAUGGCACUCAGACAGGUAUGUUCAAUGGAGUUAUCUUGACAGAAAGAAACAAGAUACAUCUCCAGUGUCAACAUUAUUUGUUCUUCAGACAUUCCUCUUUAAAAGAAAAGAAGCAUCAUAUUUUAACGAUUUACUUCGGGAGCCAUAUUUCAAUUUCAACAUCUCUGGAACUGAAUCUCACAGGGCAUUAAAAAUAAAGAUGGCAAAAGGAAAGUUUGUUAAGACCCAAUAUCUAAAAGGGCAUUGAGAUAUCUUUAAUACUUCUUGAGAUACAGGUAUGCAAACUUUGGAGAAAGUGCGGUUUCCCCAUUUUUGAAUGGUCACCUUUGGCACAUAAUGCAACUAUGAUUAUUAAAGACAACAUAUUUUACUAAAAGUCAAUCUCCAUGUAAAAAUAACAUUAUGAUGCAGCCAUCUUUCUGAAGUCGUUUUUACCUCGCCAUAACUUGACUCUGAAUUUCAAGUGAAAAUUGCCCUUUUGACCUCCCUCUACAAAAUAGUGGAUUAUUCAGUAAAUAUUCAUCCAUGACAUUUCAUAUUUUGGCUUUCAUCACUAUACACGUGUAUCUUUCUUCAGAAAUAUUAGCAAAAUCAAAAAUUUAAGCCGGGGAACUUGAGAGAACUUAAGUUGACACGGAAUGACCCAAUACUACAAUGCUAUGAGUGCCUGCAUUUCAUAAGGCUGUUAAUCAUGUUUUAUGUGGUGAAAUGGCAUAAAGAAUGCACAAAGGAGAGUCACUGGCAAAUGCACGGUUGUUUCAUUGCUGGACGGGCUUCAUUUAAUUAAGAAAGAGCCAUGGCUUAUCAAUUAUCCAUUUCAUCACUGUUCUUCCAAAGCUUUUAUGCUGCCAUGUAAGGAAAGAUAUUUACUGGGUAGAAAUGAAUCCUCUGGAUGGAAAAGUUUGGGGCUUUUGUGGCAGCUACUUUAACUUCACUGUAAUGUGGGAUAUUGUAUUGUAUGUGGAUAUUUGGAGUAUUAACCACACAACACUGUCACAGCUUCUUUUAGCAGUUAUUUAAUACUUGCUGAAAAACAUUGCAGUACCACAUCAGGGCUGGAAAUGACCCUAAUUUCAAGUACAAAAAUAACACCAAAAAACAUUUCUCCAAAAGAUACAAAACUUUAUGUAAAAUAAAAUAUUUGUUUCUUAUCAAAUAUUACUACACAUAAAAAAGAGAGCAAGUAAAACCUUUGAGUUGCAGAAGCAAGGAGUUUAAACUUUCACAUUAGCUUCAUCGUCUUACAAAUUCACUUUGUGCUUAAAAUGGAAACAGUAAAGUCCAAA